GUCGCUGGACCGUACGUCGUAUAUAUAACCAGACCCUGGCAUGUUAAUGUGUCAUCUGUCUUCCAUACUGUCAACUUGUUAAUUUUAAUUUCACUUUAAAUAUGGACAACGGACUGCAUAAUAUAAGUCAAAAUCAGAAAUACUUUAUUAAUAAUUGCUUGCGUUACAACUGCUCCCAUUCAAGUCAGUAAUUUGCAGGGGGAAAAAAAGAGGAAAAAAGAUAAGAAACUGUUGGGGCGGCUGUUGCUCAAGGGCAGAGCCAGCUCAUUUUAUCAGAUGGUUGCUGGUUCAAUUUCCCUGGUCUGCAUGCCCAAGUGUCUGUGGGCUAGAUACUGGACCCCAGACUGCUCCUGAUGUGCUGGUUGACACCUUGCAUGGCAGCCACCACCAUCAGUGUAUGAAUGCGUGUGGAGAGUGGUGUUUGUGAAGAACAAUGGACUCUACUGGCUUCUCACCAUCCUCUACCUGCCUCUGGUGGCUGAGAUGAUCCUGACGCUGAGAAGAAGGAGGGGAAAUGAUUACAAAUGGUUUUCUCCAGCUAUCUUCCUCUUCCUCAUAAGUAUCAUCCCAUCGUUAUGGAUUUUAGAGCUUCACCACCAGGAAAACAAAUCCACCGACUCAGCGUGUGAAAAACUUGACUCGACUGAAAAUAUUAAAAGUCUUUUCCGACUCUGGAGGAACUCAACCAAUGGCAGUGAGCUCCCUGCGGGGGUCUCUCUUUCUUCGGUGUGUGCCAAUGACUGGAUCCUGGCUUUACACCAAAUCCUGCUCAUACUGCUGAUCCUGGGGAAGUGGCUCCUGCCGGCCGCUGGAGAGCUGACAAGGGACCAGCUCUCCCAGCUAUUGCUCAUCUUCGUUGGCACGGCUGCCGACAUACUGGAGUUCACCUCUGAAACGCUGUCUGACAUCAAUGACAGCAGUCCACCCAUGGUCUACAUUAUUCUGGCUGUGUGGACUUGGAGCAUGCUGCAGUUUCCCCUGCAUUUCUCAGUGAUGGGUGCUACCUCAGAGGACCUCUCGGAGCCUGCGCCCUCCCUCCUCCUUCACCUCAGGACUGAUAUCUGGAGCACCGUGGAGGCUUUGUUCAUCCAGGACGGGCCUUUCCUGGUGGUCCGCCUCACCGUCAUGAUCUACUUCAACGUGGUGCACCAGAUGCUCAUCUUCUUCGCCAUCAAAAACUUCCUGGUUGUCGUUCUCAACAUCUACCGACUCUCCGUGCUCGUCUGCGACAAGACCUCCUGAGUUCGGAUGCGAUCCCAGCGCAAAAAAAGUUACUGUAAUGAGAUUACUGUGUACAGGGUUGUGAUUGCACGUCAUGUUCUUGUGUAUCUGAAACUGCAAUUUUCUAGUUUCCACACUUGUAUAGGUAAUGUACGGUGGGUGCACUGUAUAUCAGAAUUGCAAUCCUAUUUAUGUUGUCACAGUGAUCACUUGUGCGGAGGGAGGGAUCAGAGAUCCCAACUACAAAACACUGACCUCGUGUGUUCCUCCUGAUGAAGAGAUGUUGCCUGUUCAUUGUCAGAAACUGAAUAAAUGGAUC